ACUCUCCGAGCAGCCAACCCGAUCACAACAACAUCCAUGAUGCUGCUCUCCACCGCGCCUGCGCACACGGUAGACAGCUGAUAACUCAUCCAUUAUGCUACUUCGCUAAAUAAUUAAAAAAAAGCUUCCAGAAAAACUGACCGGAGCUUCGCUGGUGGACCGGAGGACCGAGUCCCGACGUUGUGCGAUGGGAGUUUGUCUCCUCGGGGGAAACAUCGAGCAGAAGAAUCAACGCCACCAACGAGACCUGGACUGAACGCACACUAACGUACCUGUGUGCCCUCACACACAUACACACCCCCUCAGGCUGCAGAGGGAGUUGUUUUCCCCUUCAGGUCAGACACUGCCGUCCCACAGUGCAUUGCAGCGUCACCGCCGUCCACCAUGUCGGACGCCCCUGAGGCUGCGCCCCCCAGCCCCCCCACGGUCACCAACCCUCAGCCCCCCGAGGUCACCAACGCCACCAAGCCCGGCAGGAAGACCAACCAGCUGCAGUACAUGCAGAAUGUGGUGGUGAAGACGCUGUGGAAGCAUCAGUUCGCCUGGCCCUUCUACCUGCCGGUGGAUGCCAUCAAACUCUGCCUGGCUGACUAUCACAAGGUGAUCAAGAACCCGAUGGACAUGGGAACCAUCAAGAAACGUCUGGAGAACAACUACUACUGGAGCGCCAGUGAAGCCAUGCAGGACUUCAACACCAUGUUCACCAACUGCUACAUCUACAACAAGCCCACAGACGACAUCGUCCUCAUGGCUCAGGCUCUGGAGAAGAUCUUCCUGCAGAAAGUGGCUCAAAUGCCUCAAGAAGAAGUGGCUCUGCUGCCCCCAGCCCCUAAAGGCAAGACCAAGAGCAAACUGCCUGCCACCGCUACUACAGUGAGUCAGCAGGCGGAGUCCUCGGCCUCCCCUCCCCCCUCAUACCCGUCUCCCUCCCCCUCUCUGACACCUGUCAUCUCAGCCACGCCCACACCUGUUCAGACCACCCCUGUCUCCGCCCCGCAGCUCCCGGCAACCAUGAUGCCGUCUGCACAGCCGGUCGUCAAGAAGAAAGGUGUGAAGAGGAAAGCCGACACCACCACCCCGACCACGUCAGCCAUCUCUGCAGGACGAGCCGACUCUCCGUCCGCUCAGGACACUAAGCCUCCCAAACUGGCCCUGUCGAGGCGUGAAGCGGCCGCCCGGCCCGCUAAGACCCGGCGUGAGACGGUGGAGGAGGUGGCGGUGGGCGAGGUGGGGGCCGCCGGAGGGGGGGUGGCCGCCAGGAGUAAGGGCGGGAAGCUGGGCGAGCAAAUGAAACACUGCGACGCCAUCCUGAAGGAAAUGCUCUCCAAGAAACACGCCGCCUACGCCUGGCCCUUCUACAAGCCGGUGGACGCAGAGGCGCUGGAGCUGCACGACUACCACGACAUCAUCAAACACCCCAUGGACCUCAGCAGCGCGCGGAAAAAGAUGGAUAAAGGAGAGUACAGUGAUCCUCAAAGUUUUGCAACGGACGUCAGGUUAAUGUUCUCCAACUGUUACAAGUACAACCCUCCGGACCACGAGGUGGUGGCCAUGGCCCGUAAGCUACAG